AUAUUCAAGACAUGUUUCAGGGCAGACGUAAACAUUUUACAAGUGGUUACGUGAAGGCAGCGUCGACGUGUGGUCGACGUUGUCGUCCGUGUUGGACUGUGCUGUGGUUUGAUAUGAACCAAAGUAAAUCCGGAAAUAUUUAUUCGGACAAACCAUAAAAAACUAGUUAGCCCGCACUUAUUAGAAUUUCUUCGUUAGCUAGCUAGCUAGCGAUGCAUUUUCGUCAGAUUUUGCGGACACAGUUCGUCGGAACGACUCGUCUCAAUCGUUUGCACCGCGUUUGUCGAGCUGAGGUACCUGCUCUAAAAGUAAACCAAGUUGUUGUCAUCCUCAUAAACAUUUUCUUUUCAGUAACUGCAGCAGAGCAUGUUGACAGCUGCCCUACCAACCCUGGUGGUGGCUGUGGGAAACCUUCAGUGCCUUACCACCAAGAGAGACCACUGUGCACCAAAAGCGACGAAGUGAGGCUGGCAGAGGAGGCUAGCAAGAAGUAUGGCUCCCCAGCUCCAACCAUCUUCUCCAAAGUGAUUGACAAAAGUAUCCCUGCGGAUAUUAUAUAUGAAGAUGAGAAGUGUUUGGCAUUCAGGGAUAUCACUCCACAAGCCCCGGUUCAUUUCCUGGUCAUUCCAAGGGUCCCGAUUCCCAGAAUAAGUGAGGCCAAAGAUGAUGAUGCUCAACUCUUAGGACAUUUGUUGGUUGUCGCCAAGAAUGUGGCAAAGCAAGAAUCUCUAAAUGAGGGAUACAGAGUGGUGAUCAACGAUGGAAAGCACGGUUCUCAGUCAGUUUACCACCUUCACAUCCAUGUCCUGGGAGGGAGACAGAUGAUGUGGCCACCAGGAUAGUGGUUUUAUGUGCCUGUUCAUGCUUCUGUUAGUAUCCCAUGAGUGUGACAUGAUGGAUGUAGGUCAUCCAGAGGUUCGCGUUCUCACCCCAUUUUCUUUUCAAAAACUUACUUAAUCACACAGAAUGUGACAUGUAAAAAUGUUGAUCUUGACAAAUGUAAACUAGUAUAAAGACUUAAGACCGAAUGUUUGAUAUGGCUACAAAUAAAGACACUUUAUAACAUGGAAA